GUGGUCAACCCAAGAUUCGAUCCCUAUUCACUAAUAGACAGAAAAGACGUAUGUUGAAUCUUGUUCCAACAUAUCUCAGGUCACUUGCUUGAUGAUUUCGACCAGAACCUGAUAGGGAGUCUCGAUAGGGGUACCUCUAUUCGGGUGUUCAAUGUAUGGCAGGGGGGCGAUUGUAAAUUUCACUAAUGCAGUCAGCUGUUAGGUACUAUACCUUGGACUGCCUGCACUAACAUCCAAGCGAGAUAUAUAAUGAUAUGUAUAAUGGCAAUGCAGCUGUGCCUGUCGCUUAAGACCCUUUCCUCUUAUCCUUGGGAUUCCAUAUAAUGGGUCCCCUUGGCCGUGCUUCAAAUACAUGGUCUCCUCUCGCACGGGGUUGACUAAUUCUCGAGCAUCGUAUACAGCAUGACUCCCCAAGACACUGAGAAAUACCCGGCCAACACCGAAUCCGUAGAGCCGGUUGCCGACUCGGCGCAGGUAGAGGUAGAUACGUUAUUCGUAACCUGGAACGGCGAUGAUGAUCCUGAGCACCCUUAUAAUUGGUCCCUGACGCGCAAGUGGAUAAUCACUAUCCUCCUCUCUAAUGGAGGCUUGGUGACUCUUAUGUCUGGUGCGAUGCUGGCUCCGGCCCUAAAGAGCAUCGCAGCAGACCUCGAGACAGACGAGGAAGAGGCUCAAAUAUUCCUCUCUAUCUUUGUAUUGGCCUUCGCGUUUGGUCCUAUGGUCCUGUCGCCCCUUGCCGAGGUUUUCGGACGCCGGCCGGUAUGGAUGCUAUCGAGUUGCUUCUACAUCCUAUGGAAUACCGUCGCUGGCUUUAGCCAGACGCCAGGUCUUCUUAUUGCAAGUCGUAUUCUUUCGGGCAUCGGGGCUAGCGCCGAGUUCGCCAUUAGCAAUCCUGUUCUAGCAGACACUUGGAUACCUGCAGAAUGCGGAACUUCAUUUGCCAUUUCCACAUUUAUUCCUCUUCUAGGACCAGCACUCGGACCUAUCAUAGGAGGUGCUGUCUCGCAAUCAAUUGGGUGGCGGUGGACAUUUUGGAUCCUCUCUAUAUACGAUGGUCUUCUCGUGAUUAUAGCGUUCUUUGUAUUCUCGGAGACAUACGAAGUCAUCUUGCUCAACAGAAGAGCGGCUAAGUUACGGAACAGUACGGGGAGACCCUACUAUACCGCGACACAAGCUGCGUCUGAGACUUUGAGAAGCAGGCUAUCUGUUUCUCUGACCCGGCCUCUGCGACUACUUAUAACCCAGCCCAUUCUACAAGUUGUUGCGAUAUUUCUAGCCUACAAUUUCGGAAUGCUCUAUCUUGUCCUGUCGACAUUUGCAACCCUCUGGAUCGAGCGAUACGGGCAAAGCGAGACACAGAGUGGACUUAACUAUAUCGCUCUUGUCAUCGGUUAUACCAUUGCCGCGCAGGCUGGUGGCAGAGUGAUGGAUCGCUUAUGGGCGUACCUAAAAUCCAAGGCCGGUAAUGACACGGCACCGGAAUAUCGCGUGCCACUCAUGAUUCCCGGAGCUGUCCUCAUCCCACUCGGCCUGUUAAUAUAUGGAUGGACAGCAGAGAGGCAUUUACCCUGGAUAGUCCCCGACGUCGGCAUUGCCAUUCUCGGUUGCGGCAUCAUCAACAAUACACAGUCGAUGCAGGCGUACGUGAUGGACGCCUAUCGUCAGUAUGUCGCAUCUGCGUCGGCAGCUUCGCAGUUCCUGCGUAGUAUUGCCGGAUUCGCGUUCCCUAUCUUCGCCCCGGCGAUGUAUCAGAACUUAGGGUAUGGUUGGGGUAACAGCGUCCUUGCGCUCACGUUCGUUGUAAUUGGGUGGCCUGCCCCUUUUCUUCUAUGGACAUAUGGUGCCAAGCUAAGGGCAAUGGGAAAGCCACAGAAAUAAGCAGUCAAGUGUUGGUAGAACUAUGGUAUUAAUCAAGAGGAGCUAAGUAGUCUGAUAAUGAAGCACCAAACCACCAAAGCGCCGAAGCUCGCAUCCUAAAUAUACAAUAUAAAUUUAUAUGUUAUUUCAAGGGUUAUUUCAGUAACGUCCGGCGAACGAGUGGGCCCCUGAAAAUUGGAAAGGGGGGCAUUAUUAGGUAGUAAUAGAAUUGCUCGACUUAAAUGUUGUAAAGAGAAUAUAAAC